CUGCCACUCCCACAGUACACAGACCCAGGAAGAGAGAGAGAGAGAGAGAGAACGAACACGUAGCCUGGCAUAAUUCCUUUGCUUCCUGAAGCACCAUGAAAGAUGCCUGUCACAUCUGGGUCAUUAGCACACUUUGGGCCUGGUCUAUGAUAUCAGGACAUCCCUGUAAUGUUGACAAACAGGGAUGGGCUGCCUGCAGUGGAAAGAGCCUUCUCUGUGUGCCAGAGUCCCUUCCCAGACACAUCACCAAGCUGGACCUGUCUUUCAACUUCUUGACAAUGCCCAGGCAUGGACCCUUUCUGAGAAGCUUCCCCUCUCUGCGUUCCUUAAACCUCUCCAGCAAUACCAUUCCUACCCUUUAUCCUUCACUCUUUCAAAACCUUGGUGCUCUGCACCUGUUGGAUUUAAGCAACUGUAGCAUUUCCCACAUCCACCUAAAAAGCUUCCUGGGCUUGAAAAACCUUCACAUACUACUCCUGAAAAACAAUAAGCUUCAGUCUCUGGAUCCCUCCAUGUUCCUAGUCCCUGGGACCCUUGUCCACCUGGACCUGCGAAACAAUGAGCUGCCCUAUACAGAUGAACAUGUUCAGUUAGUUGUGCAUAGAAUCCAUGACGUCAAACUUCAGGGGGAUCCAGGAGUAUACACUCAUGACACCAUAACUCCUUUCCAGCAAGAGCUACCACCAAGAGAAGAGCUUCAGACCCAAGAGAUUAGAACAUUGCAUUAUCGAGACCUGGGCCAUAGAAGAAAACUUCGGAUCCCUCGUGCUGAGGCACCAGUCAGUCCGACACCAGUAGAGAAUGACACACUUACUACCACACCCUCGCUUGGUAAGGUUGGAAGGAGCUGGCCAUACUUUGCUGGUUUUGUGCUUUUGGCUAUUGGCCUCUCCAUCCUGAUUGCCUUGGUCGCCAAAUGCAAAUUGCUCCAGCGGAACCGGGCCAGCUACCACCAUCAACGGCUGCCUGAUUCCCGCUCUGUCGGGAGCAGCCAUGCUGAAGAAGCUAACGUGGAGGUGAUCUAUGGGAGGAACCAGCCAGGGGCUGGAGCAGGUGGAUGUCCUGCUGACGACGACGACGGUUUCAUUGAGGAUAACUACAUUGAGCCCAAUCGAGACUUGAAGGAAGAGGAAGAGGAGGGGGAGUUAGAGCUGGAGCCCCAUUUCAAACUCUGAGGCCUGUUAGGAACCAAGGGCUAGUUUUUCAUACCCUCCAGUAUGUGUGCUGCUCAGCCUUUCCACUCCAUUUUCUAGGAGCUUCCAGGGAAUGCAUUGCCGCCAGGGUGGGGAACCUGCAGCUUUCCGGGUGUUGUUGGACUCCAACUCCCAUCAGCCCCAGCCAGCAUGAUAGGAGUUAUGGGGCGUCCUCAGAUUAGCGUUUUAUCGCACACUUGUUAUUGCCCACUCAUGUUUCUUCACACGUCCUUUUGAUGCUGCUGUCUGCCUUCUGUACCUCUCCCGACCCUCCUCCGGGUCUUUUUUCCGCGACAAAAUAGACCCCAGUAAAUCUGACUUUUUUUUUAAAGCAAAACUUUCUGCCAUUUCCUCCUGUGUGCAGGAAAAGCAGUGCAAUAAAAAAGCCCACUGAAUGGGCCACGUAGCCAUUGCUGCUUCCUCUUUCUUUCCCUGUGUAAAGAGAUCAUUACUAUUGUGGGACAGCAGCAGGAGGCUUUAGCAACGGUAGGGAAAUGCAGUUCCCCCUUCCCCCCAUGUGAUGUCACUAAUAGUCCAACAACAUCUGGAGGGUCACAGUUUCCCCCCACCCAUGCAUUACAGCUUUUCCUUCCCGUUCUCUGGCAAAGCCAAUAUCUG